GGCGUCGCGACGCCAGUUCUUCGCGAGUGGAGUCGAACGCGACUUAUCGAGAGAGGAGCUAGAGCAGCCUGGCUCAUCGCGUAGUGCCUAGUGAAACGAGAUGACGGGCUCGCGGGUGAGACCCGCGUUCUUCGUGGGACUCCUACUCGCUAUUCUAGCCGUCGCCUUGCAGGGAGUGCAAGGCGAUGAAGAGCUGGACCAAGUGCCCUCUGAAGUACAAUGUCGGCCUUACAUCGAGAAGGCUUUGAAGGACCUCGGUACAGGGUCUCUCGAGCAGAGCAGUGCCGAGGUCGAGGGUGUUGCCGAUGAAGAAGGCGAUCAGGAGUCUCCUACAAUUAACGAACAAAGCGACGAGCCAGCGAAUGAUGAUGACCAAGGAACUGACGAGCAGCCAGGGGAUGACGACGGACAGGACAGUGGAGAACCUGAAGCUGAAGGAACAGAGACUGCGGAUGGGGAUGGUGACGAUGGUGACAACGAUGAAGACGAUGACGGCAUAGAAACAAUUGAGAUCAUCAGCGUCGAGACGACAGAGGAUCAGAGUGAUGAAAAGAAUGAAUCUGCCGAAGGGGGUGAUAAUAACGAGAACGAGGAACAUGCCGACGAGGAAAGUGCCGAGAGUGUGGAAAAUGCUGAAAAUGAUGACAGUAAGGAAGGAACUGCCGAGGAAAAGGAUGAUUCUCAGGAAGCCGAUGAUGAUGCUUCAAAGGAGACCAAGACAGAUGAAUCGGCCGAAGCCAAAUCUACUGACCAGGACGAUGCCGACUCAGCCGAAGAGGCUGCCGACGACGUAAAAUCCGACGAAGAUAAUGACGAAACUGCAGAGGAUAAGGAACAAUCCGCUGAGGAUGCGGAUGACUCUAAGCCCGACGAGGACGACGGUUCCAAGGAAGACGAUGCAUCUGGGCCCAAGGAAGAACCUGACGACGAUGACGGGGAUAAUCAGGCUGAUUCCAAGGAUGCCGUGAGCGGCGAGGAAGCAGCUGGUAAAUCUGGAGAGGAUAAAGAUGCUGAUGGACCCGACGACGAUGACGAUUCCAAGGAAGCCGACAAGGACGAAAGUAAGGAAGACGAUUCUGUCAAGAAGGAUGACAGUGAAGAGGAUUCAUCCCCUAAGGAUGACAGCAAAGAGGAUGAACAAACUAUUAAGGACGAUGAUGAUGUAGCUGCAGAAGUAGAUUCCAAGGAAGAUGAUGCGAACUCUAAAGAGGAUACUAAGGAAGACACUGCUGAUUCCAAAUCCGGAGAAGAGGAGGCGGAAGAUGAAGUGAAGUCUCGUGGAAGACGAGAAACUGAAGAUGAUUCCAAGGAGGGAGAAGCAUAUGGAGCAGAUCAGGACAAUGUGUCUGGCUCAGGAGAAACUGAGGAUGGUACGGACGUACAGGUAGAAGAAGAAAAGGAAGAGGAUGAACCAACUCCAGAAGAAGAUUUAAUUCAGGAAAUCGAAAUCCCAGAAAACUUGAGACCACGAGAUCACAUAAACCAACUGCUUCGCCUGGAUGAGGAAAACGAGGAGAAAGAAAGAGCUAUUCAGAGGGCUGCAGACAUCGUCCUCAGGGACUUGAAACGCCUUUAUGAUAACGCCAUUAAACCAUUGGAAACUUUAUACAAGUAUAGGGACCUGAGCAACAGACAUUUUGGAGAUCCGGAAAUAUUUUCAAAACCUCUGGUUCUCUUCAUGGGACCUUGGAGUGGAGGAAAAUCAUCAAUUAUCAACUAUUUGCUGGACAUAGAGUACAAGCCUACUGCCCUCAGAACUGGCGGUUUGCAAGAGUGUUUGGAAGAACCUUGCAAACCGCCAAAUCGAACUGACACAGGUGCAGAGCCUUCACCAGCUUAUUUCAACAUCCUGAUGCAUGGCGAGGAAGAGGAGGUGCUGGAUGGUACCCAGCUGGCAGCAGAUUGGACCUUCUCCGGACUCCAAAAGUUUGGUCAAGGAAUGUUAGAUCGUCUACGAGGCCUGCGUCUAAAUAAUAAGCUACUCGAGAAGGUAAAUAUUGUUGAGAUACCUGGCAUCUUGGAAAUUCGCAAACAAGUUCAACGUCUUUUCCCAUUCAACGAUGCCUGCCAAUGGUUCAUCGACCGUGCCGACAUCAUCUUCCUAGUCUAUGAUCCAUCGAAACUCGACGUGGGACCAGAAACCGAAGCUAUCCUGGAUCAAUUGAAGGGACGUGAAUAUCAGACCAGGAUCAUCCUGAACAAGGCUGACCAAGUUAAGCCCGAGGAACUGAUGAGAGUACAAGGUGCCCUCAUCUGGAAUAUAUCACCACUGAUGUCCAGCGCAGAGCCCCCGAUAAUGUAUUCGACCUCCCUGUGGUCGAUACCCUACGAAGCUGGUGCACCUACCAGACUUCUGUACGCCCAGGAACGCGCUUUCCUUCGCGAUCUUCGCUCCGCAAUUGAUAAACGCGUAGAGCACAAGAUAGCCAGCGCCAGGAGAUUUGCCGUAAGAGUGCGCAAUCACGCGAAGAUGGUGGAUUGUUAUCUAACGACUUACUACAACCACAAGACGUUCUUCGGCAACAAGAAGGAGAUCAGUGACAAGAUCAUCGAGAAUCCUCAGGACUAUCACAUCUACGAGGGUCUCAGUACUCUGACAAACAUAUCGCGCUAUGAUCUUCCUGAUCCCGACGUAUACAAGGAUUUCUUCCGUCUGAAUCCACUCUACGAGUUCCAGCAACUAAGCGCCACUUGCACCUACUUCCGAGGAUGUCCCAUUAAUAGGUUGGACGUGUCGAUAGCGUACGACCUACCCGAACUCGUAGGCAAGUACAAGAAGUCCGUGGAAGCAGCCAUACACGAGGGUGAGACAAGCACACCUCCUAGUUGAGCUUGAAAGUGCUAAAACGCGGUAAGGGACACUUGAUACCAUAGAAAAUAAUGGAAAUUAGUAUUAAUAAAAAAAAGAAAAUAUAUAUAACUGAGGAAGAAGAAAAUGAUCCACAAGAUAAAAAAAGUAAAAUCCAAUAUUUACCAUGGUACCAAGAACAUCUACCGGAAACUGGUAGGUUGAGCUGCCCGGCCAGGGCGACCCCCGACACCCGUGAACGAGAAGCCUAAACGGGACCGGAGGCGAAGAGGAACGACGUGCUGGCCAGAAUGGCCUUAGAAACUAAAUUCUGAGGGGGAUCGUAUACCGAAUAUGCGUUGCCGAGACAAACGUGAUAAGUACACACACAAAACUAUGAAGACAGAAGAGAAACUAGAAACGUACCAACGAAUUUUUUCAUCGGGGUGAAAAAUAUAUCAUCUAUCAAACGAUGCUGAAACGUUAUCAGAAAAUGUUAGGGCAGGACGCCGGUGCUUCUACACGCAUCCAUGUUUCGCUGCAGGCAGCUAUAGGCAUGGAGCAACGAAGAGAAACACCUGGGGAAUAAAAUCGAACCCAAAAGCUUCCUCUACAGAAUUGCAAUUUUUGCCUCCCGGUUCACGUGCUAAGAUUAUUAUCACACAUGGAUACAACAAAAACGGGUCCACUCUACUUCUUCAUCUCAACUAUUAAUAAUCGUAUUUCCCUCUACGCUAUACCGGUCAGGUUAAAAGAAAGAAAGCAUUGAGAAUUGCGACUCGGAUGAACGUAAGAAAUCUAAGUUUGUCCGUCACCAUUCCGAAUGAAAUUGUCAAGGAAACAACUACGUCUGAUUUUGAUUAUCUUGAGAGUUUACUCCUAUAAUGUAUGUUUCUUUGGUGGUCCAGUUAAUCCUCAGCGAAUGCUGAUGGCUUGAAGUAGUGGAGAAAAAACGAAAGUUGGAGGCGGAUCCUGCAAAAACAGAGUGAAUAAAGUGAAUGAUAGAAAAGGAACGAAGUGGGAAAAAAGAAGAGGAAAUAAGAAAAAGCAGACCUGGUGAGUUAACGUUCCUUGGGGUGUGUGUACCUCGUCGCCUCCAUGUCUUGUCGCGUUAUCGCGUUUACGUCAACGAGACUGUACUACACAGUGUGUCUCCUAUAUGCGUAAUAGACUGUACUUAUUAAAACUGAUCUUAGAAACACGCGCUACGUAAUUCGUAUACGUGGGUACCCGUGUGAUAUUCGCACAUCGUCCGCCGACUCCCCUAUAAUGGCGGCCGUUUAGACAUUUAAUUUAAUAGUGUCUACGCAAGAGAGAUAUUUCCACUUUAUUAGAAAGAGAGAGAAAGAGGGAGAGAAAGAGAGAAAGUGAAACCUUUCCUCAGAGGUUUGUACUUAUAUCGCUUUUAAAAAAGAUUAGAUGAAGGAGACGAAAAAAAUAACACCUUGCUUAUGCAGAUUGUGUUCGCAACUUGUCCGUCAUGUAGAAGAGAAACUUCAAAACGCACAAAGGCUAAUUAUUUAGCCGUGUUAAGGGAAACAAAAAAAUAUCAAAUUUUUAUCCCCAUGUUCUCUUCCAAUAUUCAGCCGCGUUUCACAAUGUAUUCAAUGUUGUGAAAUCAAUGCGAUCUUGAAUUUACAUGGGAGGACGAGUCACAGGCGUCAUUCGCGUGCUUGUCUUAUUCGAUUAUUCACCAUACCUCAUAUGUACAAUAAUAUCUAGAUGAUCAUCUUGUUUCGCGAGGCUCAUUCGUCCUCGAGAAAGGAACUUUCGCGUAUUCUACAGAUUGUUAAUACUUUUACUGGUUACUGUAAUAAGUUUACAUUAAUAUAUUAUUUUAUUAUUACCGUUAAAGAUAAGGUUGAUGUAGAUCUACUAUACUUGUCCGAUAAGAUGAUUUAGUAAUAAUGAUAACGUUAUGAGAAUUAUGUAUCGUUUAAGGUAUGGAUGCAUACCUUAAAUGUUCCUAUUGGGACACUGUCUCCAAAGAGUAGCGAUUCUUUACUAUAUUUAGGGCAAUGUACUUUUUAAAUAAGAACCGUGUGCUGUGAGUGCUACUUGUGUA